UAGAGAUCCAGCUGUGUGCUCCCCAAACGGGUGGACAAGUGGACCUCUUUAAAGGCUGACACUCUGGCUUCUCAGACAUCAGCUCUUGGGCACUCCAGAGAGAAAAGUCUGGGAAUCGUAUUCUUUCCCCCCCCACCUCUCCUUCUCUUCUGUCAUCACACAUCUUGAGUGGAAGAAUGAUUGCAGAAGUCCGAGAGAUGAUUUUAGUCCUGGGAUUAUUGCUUUUUUAUCUGACUUUGGAAACUGAUGCCAGUCCAGAUGCCUCCUGUAUGUUUAAUGGCAAGAAAUACAAAGCAGGAGAGAGCUGGCACCCUUACCUGGAGCCUCAAGGGGUCAUGUACUGCAUCCGAUGCACCUGUUCUGAGGAUACCAACGUAAGCUGCAGCCGCAUCAAGUGCCCCGUUCUUCAGUGCCCAAAUCCCAUCAGUGAGCCUCAGCAGUGCUGCCCCAAGUGCCCAGAACUUCAUGUUCCAGCUGGAUCCCAGACUGCUGUCAAUUUCUCCUGCCAGUACAACGGGACAAUGUACCAAGACGGCGACAUUUUCACCAACAACGAACUUUUCCCUUCCAGGCAGCCAAACCAAUGCACCCAGUGCAGCUGCUCGGAAGGACAGAUUUACUGCGGAUUGGUGACCUGCCCGGAGCUGUUGUGUGCCCCCCAGCAAACAAGACCAGACUCUUGCUGCCAAGUCUGCAGAGAUAGUUCCUAUGAAACAUUGACAGAAGAGCCCCUGCAGUUAAACAGAGGUGUUAGGCACUCCCAGUCCCAGUGUGCAGCGGGAAUCAGCAGCAGAGGAUCGCUGGCGGUGGCUGACGCGCCGACUGGUGCUUCGCUGGAGUUCCUCCCUAAAAGCAUCAAGCAGACUGGGAGAGGCGGCACAACAGUCAAAAUCAUCCUGAAAGAGAAGCAGAAAAAAGCGUGCGUGUACAAUGGGAAGACCUACUCCCACGGAGACGUGUGGCACCCCACGCUCCGCUACUUUGUGCCCCUGCCUUGCAUCCUGUGCACCUGCAGGGAUGGGAGCCAGGACUGCCAGAAGAUUACCUGUCCCAAAGAGUACCCUUGUGCGGAGCCUGAAAAUGUAGAAGGGAAAUGCUGUAAAAUAUGCCCAGAGGACAGGGUGCAGCCGACCGACGAAGUCGACACUACCAGAUGCGGAGUGUCUGUCUACAUGUUUGUGCCGUCCAGCUCCGAGUACCCAAAAGACAACCUGAGGAAAAUUGCGAUAGAGAGGGAAUCCUCUGAAGAUGUGGAAAUCUACAUUUGGAAACUAGUGAAAGGGAUAUUCCAUCUGAUUCAGAUCAAGAAGGUCAAGAAGCAGGAGUUCAGGCAAGAAGUGCAGCACUUUCGGCUGGUCUCCAGGACAAAUGAAGCUUACUGGAACAUGUUUCUGGUGCAAGGGCCAGAAGCAAAGAUCACCGAGAGUCCAGACAAAGAAACCAAGAACUUGUAAAAAGAAAAGAAGAAAGAAAGAAAAGUAUAUUGAUAUUAAUAUAUACUGAAAAAGCUGCAAUAUCAAAUAAACUAUCACAGGAAAGACGAUCCAGCACCAGCUUUAUGAAAACUCCCAUAAACCACCGAUAACAACAAUACGGCCACUUGAAUGCACACUUCUAAUACCUGCUGCCAAACCAGGUUUUCCCAACACUGCAAGAAGGAAUGGAUUGCUAUUUUGGCUGUGUCUUGUUAAGGAGGAGAAGACCAGACAAAUGCUUCAGGUCUCCUUUCAUGUGGGGGGUGGGGGAAUGAAACUGUGUUUUCCUAUGGAGAGCAUCAGAAAGAUUCCAGAUAAAUCUUUAUUCUGCCAAUAAGCCAUCCAUUCUGGGCUGAUGAGGGACAAACCGAAAUGGAAGGAGGGCCGGAUUUCUGUAUUGCUCUAGUCUCUCGAUGCCAUCUCAGGCUUUCAGACUGUGGGCACAAUUCACAGGGAAAUUCUUCCUGCUGAGCUGAUAGGCAGCCCCCAUCCAUUUCAGGGGGGCUUGCAGAGGAGAGCUCCUUAGUAGGGUAGUUGCUUUAUAAUCCGAUAACUUCAACCUCAGAAUUAAAAAAUAGACAGCCCUCAUGAUUCAAAUUUGGGGACUAGAUUUGGGUCUAGCAGAGCUGGCUGCUUUGACAAGCUGCAUUUCCUAAUUUUUGGUAUCCCUAAUCUGAAUGUAAAACUCGCAUUGACUAGAACCGGCGGGGUCCCCAGUCCAGAGGCUCUCUUACCCCUGGGCUUCGGGGCCAAAGUCCAGGGCCUCCACACACAGCCCCUGGGGCCCCCCAAAUCCUCUUCAGUCUGUCCCAGGUGGUGUGAUCACCCAGCUGAUGAUGCUUAAUUUGUAGGGUGGGGGGCCACCCUACAAAGGCCUUUAGGUCCAGGCUCCAAAAUCAUCUAGGUGCACCUCUGCCCCAAACAUGGGUCCCCAGAUGUUGUUGGACUACGACUCCCAUCAUCCCCAGCCACAAUGGAUGGCCUGGCUGAGGAGAAUACACAGGGAGCUGCUUUUUACUGAGUCAAGCCCUUGGUUCAUCUAGCUCAAUAUUGUCUACACUGACUGGCAGUGACCCUCCAGGAUUUCAGGCAGGGGUCUUUCUUCCCAGCCCUACCUGGAGAUGCUGCAGCCUGCAAGCAAACAGCCCCCUAGGAGACAGAGUCCAACAACAUCUGAGCAACCACGUUUGAGAACACCUGGACCCGGAUGUUCUUUUGCCACCAUUCCAAAUUCGCUAAUGACACGUUUCAGAGGGGAAAUGUUCCUGGGGCGAAAGCUCUUUGACAUUUCAAGAGCAAUGGGUUAAGAGCAUGGGGGUGGGGUUCCCCCCCUUUUUUUCUUUUUCUGGUUUGUAUUAAUCAGUUCUUUUGCACUAUCACGUUUUUAUCUUAAGCACAUUUGGCAUUGCUGUACAUGAUUCUCUCCAUAGUAUCCUUUAGCUGUCAUUUUUGUAACCAAGGUGGUUAAACACUGGUGAAAGCGAGAGGCUGGGACUCAGAGAACAGUAGCUUCAGCAUGCCCACUGGGACUUGGGGAGCUGGACUCCAAAAACCCACUCGUGGGGGCUGGAGGGGACCCUUGGGUGCAGCAUCUGACCAAACUCAGGAGCUGGAGCUCCCAUGAGGCUCAUCAGAACCCAGUCAGAAUUUACCUCCCCCUUCCUUUCAAUAUACACCUGCAAGCGAUGUGUGGAUUAUCUGCUUCCUGCCUCGGAUGUGUAGAGCCUGGCUUUCAGCACUCCACCCAGGGGCAGAGCCACGACUGCACGGAAGGGUUCAAAGAACCCGGGCCGCCAUGCUCAGAGGCUCUGCCUCGUACCCCAGCCACGCCCCCACAGCGGCUCCGUUUUUGAGAAACUUAGCCCACACCGGCUUCCCAGCCUGGCUGGGAACACGUCUCCCUGCCUUUUAAAGCCGGGAGAGCCGCUCUUGGCUAUGCUGCGAAUGUGGUGCGGGCUGGAAUUUGCUUGCAAACUGGGUGUGUGGCCCCGUUUGCUAGCGAAAUCAUGCCCCCUGCACCUGACAUCAGACGCAGGGGCCGUGGCUGGGGGGCCGUUUGUGGUGGGCUGAACUGGGGCUGCUGCUGGCCUCCCUAUACCACUGACACCCCCUCCCACUGCUGCCGCCACCCCCCCCCCCCCAACCAUCUCUAACCUGCCAAUUUAGCCUCUGUCUCCCGGGCUGCUUCCGACCUGACCGAUAUCCUUCCCAACUGGUGUGCAAACUGCAUAUGCAUAGCUGUGCAUGGCAAUCCACACAUCACUGUUUUUCUGUCUGUGUAGAAAAAUCAUCAGAUUUCAAGCUGCCUUUGCUGGUAACUUUGUCCGUAGCUUCUGGUGGCUGCCUGGACUCCAAUGUUGCCUGCCUUCUGGUUUGUUUAUGGUUUGUUUAUGAUCCAGCACAAGGGCAACUAGACAUACAUGCGCUGUACACAAAGGUGAUGGCCAAAACUGAGGCAUGACCACUACCAGCCACGACACCCAGGAGGCACAUGGAACAUGUCCUAGCCCCUUCAGGCAGCGAGUAAGGAAGGGAGCAACUGGCCGCUCUUUCCACAUUGAUGUUCUGCGAGUUUGGGGAGAAACGUGUUUCCCCACUCACCUCUGUCUGCAGUGACGGAGCCCCUGGCAGCAAAAUGGUUGCACGACACCGAGAAUCUAAACCAUGCGCUGAGGUAGUGAUUUAGCGCCUUGCUAUGGCAUAUCUGUGUAUCUCACUUCAUAUCUACUGUACUAUAGUUAACAUGAGGGAUGCAUCUUCCAAAGAACCAUUUUCUCCAUUGAUACAAGAAGAGGGUGUGCUGAUAGCACCUGCACUCACACCCUUUGGAAAGAGCGUUGUGUCUGUGUGUGUGUGUGUGUGUGUGUGUGUGUGUGGUAGAUCAAUCCAUGUAUAUAUCCUUGUUUUAAUUGGGGGUGUUGUUUGCCUAAAUCUAUUUAUUUGGAGAUGCAUAUCUCAGUCUGAUAGAUUGGAAUAAAGUGGUUUCUGAA